AUGGAAGAAAGUGCCAAGUUCCAACUUCCGGAUCGUGAACAUGUCCUUCGAGUCCUUUCCACCACACAGACUGAACAUGGAAAUAUUGGCUCACAACAGGAAAUCAUAUAUCUCUGUUCAAAUUCCCUUGGUUUACAACCGAAACGGACGCGUGAGGACCUGUUAGAAGUGCUAGAUGAUUGGGGUGGACUCGGCGUCAUGAGCCAUACUGCGGGAAAGAGACCCACUGAAGGCUCGGAUGAGGAACCGCGUCGAUUGUUAGCUGAGUACAUUGUUGGUGCAAUGCCUGACGAGGUCGCCGUUAUGGAGUCACUUACAGCAGACAUUCACACUAUUCUGGCCGCCUUUUACCGUCCGACGGCUGACAAAAAUUGUGUGCUAAUUGAAAAGAACGCUUUUCCCUCGGACUACUACGCGGUUGAGUCACAGAUAACGUAUAACGGAUACAAUUCUCGUGACUGUCUGAUCGAAAUUGAACUAAGACUCGAUGACUACCUAUCAACUGAACAAAUUAUUGAGAUUAUCAGACAGAACGCGCAGCGUCUCGCCAUGAUUUGGUUACCUGGAGUUCAGUUCUUUACUGGACAGUUACUAGACAUUCGUGCAAUCACUGAGGCUGGCCACAGGCUGGCUAAUUGUCCAGUCGGUUGGGACUUGGCUCAUGCUGUCGGAAAUGUUCCCCUGAAACUACACGACUGGGAU